AACUCUUUAGGUUUCUGACACUUUGAUCUGUCCACAGAAAUUUCAUGAUUGCAUCUUUUAUCUGUUGAAAUUACGAAUAUCUGAAGCUCCCAGAAUCGGUUGUGGGCCUUCGAUGGGUACGAAGGUAUGGGAAAUGAGGAUCCUAACAUUGUUUUUGUGGUGGAAGCUAACGUGCGCCGCCUACGUCCCCGUUAGGGUUCCGACGUGCCCCAAGAAUUCCGUUCUUGAAGCGGUCUCUUACUUUGGUGGUCCCUUUUGCCCCGAUAACUCCGAUUUUAACGAAUCUAUCAAUUUCGUUGGAGUCACCGAGGGAGAUGAGAUUUCAUUGCAAAAGGCGCUCGACAUGGUUCAUAGGAACAGCCAUAAAUUUGUAGCAGUGCUUUUCUAUGCAUCUUGGUGCCCUUUUUCAAGGUCUUUCAGACCAAGCUUCACGAUCCUUUCAUCUUCCUAUCCUUCCAUUCCACAUUUUGCUAUAAAAGAAUCAGCCGUCAGGCCGAGCAUACUCUCAAAGUAUGGAGUUCAUGGGUUUCCUACUCUUUUCCUUUUAAAUUCUAGGAUGCGUGUACGUUAUCAUGGAAACCGGUCUGUUGAAUCAGUCGGUGCUUUCUAUAAAGAUGUCACUGGCUUUAAGAACAAAUCCCUGGAUAGAACACUGCUGGACACAAUCCGACAUGUAUCGAAACAUGAGAAGCAUAAUAUCACAGAGCAGGAAAGCUGCUCAUUCUCUUGGGCGGGAUCUCCGCAGAAUUUACUUCAACAAGAGACCUACUUAGCCUUAGCCACCGCUUUUGUGGUUUUAAGGUUGCUAUACCUGUUGUAUCCAACGUUACUAGUAUUCGCGCAUUUCACUUGGAGACGGCUCAAUCGAAAGGUGAAGUUGGGAACCAUGUUGGAACAUCCGGUGGCUUACCUGAAACGAAAAUUUCAGUUCAUUUCCCCGAAAGAGCCCUGCAAGAGAAGCAACUUGCACGGUGCAAUGGAUGCUAGAGCAUGGGCUUCUAAAUCCCUUGCAACUGUUGCAAUCGGCGAUGCUAAUUGUAGUUGGUCUAUGCGGAUGAAUGGAUCUAUCUGACCCUUUUAGCCGGCAUCGCUUGGAAGCGGGAGCCUCUUUGUCGGGUUUUCCUCCACGGCUGCUUUGAUGUAGUUCUGUGAAUUAUGUGACUGAAUGUUUUGAUGCUGUAAUAGUUAAAUUUCAUUUGUUGAUAUGAUAUUAGAAUUAUAUAUCUUCCCACAUAAGAGGCACUGCAAUUUGUGGAUUUUUUUAGUAGAGCAGUGUAUGAAUAUGACUAUUGAUGUUGCAGUUAUGAAGCAUAACCCAUUUGCUA